AUGAACAAAACAAGAUCCUAUAAAUGGUACCUCGAAAAUGGAUGCGAAAUUGUGCCAUUGAAAAGGGGGUGUGAUGGAGAAACUAACUACUCCCUAACUCUUCUGGACAUUCAAGCGGACUUUUCCGAAUUUUUAAUCGAAGAGAAGAAUAUUAUAAGCAACGAGAAGGUAGUAAGUGCUGAAGGAAAUAUAUUCAACAUACAGAAAAAACAAUUUUCUCAGAAUGAAAAAAAAAGUGGAUCCACUGAAAGAGAAAAAUAUGUGUACGAAAUUGACCAUUUGUGGGCAUACAUGGAGUGGCAUUACAACUUUGAGGACGAAAUAAAGGUGCAGAAAAAUUUAGUGUGUGAUAUAAAUAAGUUAAAAAAAGUUCCUAAGUUAUACGUUUCAGCACACAUAAUUGAAGGAACUAUAAAUGAAAUGCCUAAGAAUGAAAAUAUAUGUAUAUUAAAAUACACUACAUAUCCCAGUUUUUAUAAUAAAUAUAAAAAUGAGUUAGACGAAUUAAAGGGAAAAAGUAAAAAUAGUAUUUAUAAUAAGUGUAAUUAUAUAUACGAAGUUUGUGAUGUUGCAGAUAAAUCUCUAGUUUUUGCAAACAGUCCUGUUAUCAAUACUACCAUGAAAAAUAUAUUAAGUAUAACAAAAAGUGGGAAGAAAAGGGAAGAUUUUAAUGAAGAAGAGGAGAAAGAAGAUAUUAUUCAAGAUGAAAUAUGGCAAAUUUAUCUAUCGAAAAAUAUAAAAAGUGUAAAUGAUCAGUGGUUGUUAAUUUGUAUUAAUGAAGAAUUAAAAGAUGUUAUAAAGAAUUCAGGUGAUAUUUACUUUAAAAUUUUUAAUAAACACAUAAAAGAGUAUAACGAUUUUUUAAAAAGCCACAAUUACAGCACUUCAGAGGAAAAAAAUGACAUGCGUAGCAAUAGCAUGUUUAAAAACCAUCAUGAUAGACAUAACAUGUUUGAAUUGAACAAUAAUCUAAAUCAAAAUUUGAAUUCAGACAGGUUCAAAAAAUAUAAAGUGAAUUUAAUUUUUUCAGAAAAUAAGGAUAUUAAUUAUAUUCUAUAUAAGUUAUGUUUAAAUUUAGGAAAAUUUAAUGAUGCUGUUUUGUGUACAAAAAAUAAAACAUAUAAUAUCUUAUUGAACGAUAUUGAUGGGACAUUAGCAAUUUGUUUAAAGUCCUUUUUUUCAAAAUAUUAUAAGAAUAAUUCUAUGGAAAAAAAUAACUCCACUUUUUCAUUUUUUCCACAACAAAAUGGAAAGAUGGUGAGUAAUGAGAAGGACAGCGAAUAUCCAACUUGUGAAGGAGAAGUAGAAGAAGAUUUGGUAAAAACCUUGUCCAUUAUGGGAUUGUGCAAAGAAAAAAUUGUUUUAUUUGAGAAGGCUACCAUUUUUAACAAUAUAGAGUUGUUAUUUUCUUAUUACCUUAUAGUUUAUAGUGAGUGUCUAUCUAUAAGGGAGAAUGAUGUGGAUGAAAAAGAAAUCAUUGACUCAGAUCACGACGAUGGUGUAAUUUAUUUUAGCAAAAAAGCCCUAUUCGAAAACGUUCAAUUUUCGACAGAAGAAAUUUGCAGUUAUUUGCUACAUUUGCAAAAGUAUAGCACAAACAAUCUGUUAUAUGUGAAAAAAAAAGGGUUCAGAUAUGUAAAAAGUGAAAUAAUUUACGAAUUUUUAAUUAAAUUAAUCGAGUUGAUAAGUAUUCACGAUGAUUUAUAUGAACAUCAUCCGAUUGAUAGUGGUAAAAUGGACGACGGCAGCUCAACUUUUAAAAAAUAUAAAGAAGAUCUACACAAAGUAGUAAAAAAAAGGUAUGGUAUUACUCUUCGAAAUCUCAUCAAUUUAGUGUAUGAAAAUAUGAAUGAUUUUUCCUUUUUAAAAAAUUAUAAGAUACCUAUGGACAUGUAUGUAAUACUGCAAUUGUGUUGGAAAUGUUGUGACAUAGAGAAUAAACAUUUUGAGUUUUUUACCAUGUAUUAUAAUUACCACUUCUUUUAUGAAUAUUUAAACAAGAAUUCAAAUGAGUUGUCUUUUGAAUAUAUAUUUGAAAAUUAUCUUGAAUUUAUGAAUAACGAUAGCUAUGUGUCUGAUACAGUUGUACAUUUCAACCUUCUUAAGUUACAUAAUAUCAUGUCAUUAAAUAUUUUGAGGUCCAGUGGAAAGGUCGUUAUUCACUCAGAUAAACUAUUCUCCUUCGAUAUGGAAAUUUUUACUUAUAUCAAAUAUAUAGAUGAAAUAUUUAGAAAUUUUAAUUCCAAUUUGAUGGAUAAAAUAAUACAGGAUUUUAUAAAAAUUUAUCAGUUUUUUCUGGACUACGGUUAUGACCGACGGGGGGGAGGAGCAGUAGGAGCAGAAGCAGUGGGAGGAACAGUAGGAGCAAAUACGAAAAAAUGUUCGAAAGGGUGUGGAGAUGUGAAUAGACAUGAACAUUCCAUUGACGCUACCAAUGCAGAUAUUUAUAAAGAUCGAGUGUUAUUUCGAAACAGCAUAAUUUUAAAUGUGAAUAACAUAAAUCAUAUAUGUAAUGAUAAUUACAUGUUUGAAUAUUUCAUUGUUGUCAAGUAUUAUUACAGCGAUAAUAGCUUUUCUUUGCUUGAAAAAAAAUUAAAAAAAUUUAUUUAUACAGUUGAACAAGAUUUUAAAAGUUCACAAAUGACAUCAACUACCGAUUUUUCUUCCUCUGAAUCUGUGACUGGUGAGAAUUUAUAUGAAAUGCGUCAAAAUUAUAAAUCAAAUUGGGAAAAGGCAAAAAGUAAUUAUUGUUUAAAUUACAAAAUUUUUAAAUAUCAAACUACUUCCUUCCCACAUAUACGACUGAGUAACAAUUACAACGAUUUGAUAUCUUCUGUAUACACACCUUUGUCUAUCCACUGUUCCAUAUUUCACGGAAAUGUAAUUUAUAAUAAAAAGAGAAAUUCCUUUCAGUUAAUACCAUCUUUUUUAUUAAAAGAAAAUUUACGUAGUUCCUUGACAGCUUUGUUUACCAUCAAAAAUUCUUAUUUCGCCCAGGAAUUUUAUCCCUUUCUCAAUCCUCUCUUGAAUAAUAAGGACUUGAUUGGUACCAUAGCCGUCCCUCCACGGAGACAUUGCAGAACAAAGUUAAUCGAAAAAGAAAAUGAAAAAAAUGUGGAAUUCUUAGAUACUGGAAAUAUUGUUCUGUCGACGCUAAACAGUGAUAUGAAGAACUAUAAACAAUUCAGUGGCUACAAGAAGACAUUCGUUGAGAAGCUUUGUAAGUUGUAUAAUUGCAACUUACCCGUAAAUAAAAUUUCUUCAUGA